AUGGCGUGGAAUCAACUCGCAGCCGAACUAUGGACAAUGAUUGCAGACGAGUGCGACGAAGACGGAGUCCGUGCACUAUGCUCGCCCGAAAUGCCACCGCACAUCCGGGACAGCGCUCGCCCAGUUCAGUUCAGAAAUCUGAACUUCGCGGCAUACAACGUGCUAGACAAACUUGAUUUUAACAUCGAUCGAUAUCAAUUUGCAAGAUCUCUGGCCAUAACUCAAAUAUUGAGCAAUCGAAGGUUUACAGAACUCCCGAAAAGCCCACUUGUACGCCACGUCCGCUCCUGGAGGUAUACAGGAUAUUUGGUUCAUUCACCUCAUCCUGGUAUAUCCAAACGGGAAAAGUUGAUCGAUUUAACAAUGCAAUUUCACGUUGACAAGGUGUGGCCACUGUUCCUAGCAAAUCUUCACCUCUACGUUGGAUUGACUAGACUUGCAUUGCAAAAUGUUGUCAUUGACGAUGUGGCCGUAACGUCUUUCAAUGCGUUGGACAACCUGCAAUCUCUUGAAAUCACCCACUCUAUUAUCUCCUGCACAACAAUUUUGCGUCCCUUUGACCGUUUAACACAUUAUACGCAACAAGAGGCCCGCGGCACCUUCCAUGUUGAGUUUAUGAUGCCAGUGUGCUCUACUCUGACCUAUUUGAAUGUUGUCAUCGGCACAGGUGACUACCGCAAACUGUAUUCCGCUCUGGAGCAGUGCCAUGUCCUAGAUGCACUUUCAAUUUAUCUGAUCAAAGAACAAGGGAAAGCGUUUGAAUGUCCACCACCAGGGGUGGAUCUUUCUAUCACAGCUUGUCCUAAUUUAUCCGAGUACAUUGGACCUGCUUACUAUUAUGCUGCAGAUAUCAUUCCAGGUCGGCCUUUACACACGAUCAAGCUGAACCGAUUACCGUGUAAUGCAGAACUUGUCCAUCCGGGAUGCGUUGAAUGGAUCAAGGUGCUCUUUACCAGUGGAACGGUGCCCGUGGAACACUUUGACGUUGCUCAAUGGCCGGCGUCUGCACUGUGUGCUGAAGAAACGUUCCCAACGUUGUUUCAUAAAUUUCCGCAUCUAAUAUCAUUGCGAAUUGUCAUCGAGCCGUUUGAAGGGACUGGCAACAUCGACUUUGGUGACCAAUUAGAGGCAGAGAGAUGGAACACAUAUAAUUACCUUAACAUCCUCCACACUCUCAGUGGACCACUUCCAUACAAGAUACCACCGACCUUGCGGACCUUGGAACUAGUCACUGAAGACGAAUAUGAAAGGCAUCCAACUCACACUUUUGACAAGGUCGUAGCGGCACUCAGACACUCUGCAAAUUUUACAAAUCUGCGAACAUUGAUUGUUGGGACUUUGUAUUGCUUCCAGAGGUGGACAAGAUUGGAAUCUGGAAUCUGGGACGUCAUACAUGAAGGAGAAUGCUUUAACCUUGACGGAGCGGAGAGGGAGCACUACAGCGAGUUUGACGACAGCUCGGAUAAUCAUGGAAAUGUGACGGAGGAGGAAGAUACUCCCGAGGAGAACCAAGCGAAGAAUUCCAAGGAAUUCAGCACCUCAGAUGAGAAGACAGUUCAAACUGAAGGGCAGAAGCAAGACAAAAGCAAGGUAGUUUUUGACAACCAAGAUUAUCGGGAACUGGGUGCACUUUGA